AUGCAUGUCGAGGAAGUAAAAGUCGGUGUGAUGGUCGCCGACCUGCUUGUUCUAGGUGCGCUGGGCGGGGAUCUGGGAGCAAAUGUAUAUAUCGCGCUAUUGGAAGAUAAGGUCCUUGAAUUGGAAGCUACGCGCUCAGCUACCUUCGCUCAUGGCAGUGAGGAGCAAAGGGGUGUUGACCCUCAACUCGAAGCAGCAGCAGGUAGGCGAGGAAGGACCCCAAGUGCAACUGCUGGUGAAGCAAGGCAUGCGACUAAUAAAACCGACCAGUUGAUCGUGAUUAUUGCGAAGAAAUGCCGAAAAGCGACGUAG